AUGACUUCACGUAGUCUGACCGGCGGCCCCAGCGCCCACCUGCAAGUCCCAACGACACAGUACGUUACCGACACGUCCCAUUUCCUGUCGCCCACACAGGGGAGCGGCAGCAGCACCCGCGCCCGAUAUGGCGACAGUAACGGCGACGCCGAGAAGACCACCAACGGUGAGAAAAAGCACCACGUCCGCUUCGAUGGGAGCAGCAAGGCCGACGCGCCCGCGCCCUCCUCGCCCAGAAUCAACGUCAGCCCGGUCGACUCCAACGUCAACUACAACGUCCCCUCCACCACCACUAACCAGCAGCAGCUCCCACCCCUGGGUCAGGGCGGCGACACGCUGCGUUACCAGCUCAAGCCGUCCGACUGCGGCUCGCAGCUGGGCUUCGCCUGGCCGCUGUGGCGCAAGUGGAGCAUCCUGGCGGUCAUCUUCCUGGUGCAGGUCUCGAUGAACUUCAAUACGACUCUCUACUCGAACGCGAUCCGCGGCAACGCGGGGACCUACGACGUCGACGUGUCGACGGUGGUCUGGGGCGGCGCUGCCGGGUUUCUUUUGGCCUACGCCUUCGGUUGCGAGCUGUGGGCGCCGUGGUCCGAGGAAUACGGCCGCAAGCCCGUUCUGCAGGCGUCUUUGUUCCUGGUCAACAUGUUCGGACUGAUGACCGGCUUCGCGCCCAACUUCGCGACCCACGCCGCGUGCCGCGUGCUGGGCGGCCUGGCGACGGCGGGCGGCAGCGUCACGCUCGCCGUCAUCACGGAUAUCUUCCGGAGCGACGACGACUGGUACCAGUACGCGACGCUAUUCAUCGUGCUGUCGUCGGUGGGCGGCUCCAUCAUCGGUCCCAUCGUCGGCGGCUUCGUCGAGGCGCACGUCGAGGACUGGCGCUGGUGCAUCUGGGUCCAGGUCAUCUUCGGCUUCGCCGUAUCGGUCCUGCACUGGCUGACGGUGCCCGAGACGCGGUCGACGGUGCUCAUGGACCGCAUCGCCAAGAAGAAGCGCAAGAACCCGCAGGCGCCGCUCGACGCGCACACCUACGGCCCGAGCGAGGGGCAGCGCGUCAACUGGCACGAGGUGCUGCAGGUCUGGCUGCGGCCCUUCCGCAUGUUCGUCACCGAGCCUAUCGUGCUCGCACUAUCGCUACUAUCCGGGUUCAGCGACGCGCUGAUCUUCAUGAUGAUCCAGUCGUUCGCCCUCGUGUACGCUCAGUGGGACUUCGGCCCCGUACAGCUCGGGCUGUCCUUCCUGCCCAUCGGCCUAGGUUACCUCAUCGGCUACGGGUCCUUCAUCCCGGCCAUCCGCCGCAACAUCGCGCAGCGCCGCCGGGCGCCGCACAACGAGCACGCCCAGUACGAGACGCGCCUGUGGUGGCUGCUGUGGACGGUGCCGCUCCUACCCCUCGGCCUGCUCGUCUUCGCCUUCACGGCCGCGUGGGCGCACCCGCCCGUCCACUGGGUCGGCUCUAUGUUCGCGUCGUGCAUGAUCGGCAUCGCCAACUUCGCCAUCUACAUGGCGACAAUCGACUACGUGCUCCGCGCCUACGGCCCCUACGCCGCCUCAGCAACCGGCGGCAACGGCUGGGCGCGCGACUUCCUGGCCGGCCUGCUGACCCCCGCCGCCGUUCCCAUGUACCAGAAGCUCGGCAUCUUCAAGGCGACCAUGAUGCUCUUCGCCAUCUCGGUCGCCUUCUGCGUCGCCGUGUACGUGGUGUACUGGUACGGCGCCACGCUGCGCACCAGGUCGCCCUUUGCGCAGACGCUCAAGGCUGCCGAGGACGAGGACGAGGAUCAUGUCGUUAUGUUCCUGCCGUCGACGAGUUUGCCGGGAAGUAGAGUCAACUCGCGCCCGGCGACGCGGCAUGCUACGCCUGCGGGGUCGCGCAGGGAGAGUCUAGAGUUGGCCCCGAUUGAGAAUGCGCGGCCCGCUGAGACGGCCGAGGGUGCGGGCAAGGAGAGGAAGGGCUCGUCGAGUGUCACCGAGGUCGAAGGUUGA